AUGAGCAACACAUCGCCACCCUCCCUUUCUCCAGCUACUCCCAGCCUGAUGGCAUCCGGUAUGGACAGUAUCAAGCUACCACAGGAGACGAGAUGGGUGAUAUACUGCACCUUGCAUCAUGGCGAUAACGGUCGACAUUCGCUCAAUGUCGUCGAUAGCCAGGGUACACCACAACCCAUCACAGGCGUACAUUCCUAUCCCCCCGGGCCUGUGGUCUCCAAUGAUGACCAGCGCACAGCUGCUGUCUUCGCCGUGCUCGCUCAGGAGCUUGACGUUCCUCUCCACGAUCCUUUCAAUCCACCACAUUCCUUCUUGCACAAAUUAUCCAACGCGUUGCUUUUGCCUGUUUGGGCACCAUUGGCCUAUAUGCUACAAACGGGUGUGCAAUCGAGGGCCGAAGAUUGUCAAAUAGUCCAUCGACUGGUUAUUUCCACGCCACUCCGGACUGCUGUGUUCCUUGGUCACGUACUCCCGGAGGCCAUUGUCAAGCCUGGCCCAUACAGGCUCCUAGGUUCGGAGGUCACCUUGUCUCUUCCAUGGAGGAAACAGCCUGUUGGUCAGGGUUCCAGAUUUUCGGAUGGGGUGCGAGCCUCAUGCCACUUCAUCAAGACCUGUCGGUUGUCGUACUUGGAGAAGCAAGUGGGCCCGAGUCCUUCUACGACUCAUGAUCCUCGGCCCAGAUUGCGCUUCCCAGCUGCUAUUGCGUGGGCGGUCAUUGACGAGUAUAGGAGCCCUCAUAACCCGUGCCUUCUUCUACACCAGAACGACCAUUUGGAGGCGCUAUCUCAUCUUCGACCAAGAGAGCAUGGAUACAUUUUUCCCGUCGGCGUCAACUCGCCUAUUAUCUCCAGACAACCCUUCAUCCCAAUGGACAAUGUGGCAGCAUUUCAGGAUUUGAUGCCUUCCGGCCAAUGGAUCCAUCUCUUUGUCCAUCUCGCAGAUAAUUUCGUGGAGUAUCUCGGUGUGUACGAGAGGGUACAACCAUCACGCGUGUGGGUAUGGCAUCGUCUGACUCCGGAUGAAUGGGAGAGCUUGCCUGAGCAGACUCAGAAUGGUAUCGCGAGUCGGGCCAUUCCCCCAGGCUAUUCUCGAGAAAGAGUCAUUGGUGAUUUCAGGUCGGGAGAUCGUUCUCUCAGCGCCAUUUUCCUUCGGAAUGUGAACUUCGACGUGGAUCUCGUUGAACGGCUUCGAGCGCAAUACCAACCUCCUUCAUGA